GGAUUUCCGAUGGUGCUUCGGCCCGCCAAGCUCCCGCCCAACAAGAAGACGAUCGAGGAGGUCGUCUUGACGCGCAAGACCUUUACGCCCCAUGCCCAUCCAGCGACAGCGCAGGCCGCCAGCAACCGCCCGACGCGGGCGCGCCGGCGACCUGUCGCGACGGCGCCGACGCUGAUUCCACCCCCGGGCAUGCUGGACGCGCCGUACUCGGCCUUUGGAGACGUGACCGUUCAAGCGCUCUCACACCAGCUAGCUACGCUGACUGAACGCAUGGAGACGCUCGAGGCGGCGCACGACCACCACCACGUGCUGGAGCAGGAUCCGUUCGAGGCCGAGCUCGCGGCCGUGACGCAGAUGCGGCCGCUGUCGCACCCCGAGACGGACCCCAAGAUGGCCGCCAAGGUCACGCACGCCGUCAAGGAGAUGCACGCGACCGUGCACCGGCUCGACCGCGUCUUCUUCGACAUCACGUCCACCGAGAACAAGCGCAGCCACGCGGCGACAGUCAUGGUCGCGGCCGUUCGCGGGUACCUCGUGCGGAAGCGCCACCGCAGCGCGAUGCGAUUCCUCGGCCGAUGGCGCCACAAGUGCGCGCGCGCCUUUGUCGACAGCCUCGCGCGCUUCUCGCUCCGCGUGUACCGCGCGGAUGCGGCCGUGGACGCGAUGCGGGAGCGCGCGCGCCUCCGGACGCUCGGCGUCUUCCUCGAGCAGCUCCACGACGUCGUGGUGCUCACGCGACCGGUCCGCCGCCAGCGCCACCAGCAGGUCGAAGCGCGCUUCCGGGUCAAGAUGGCAGCGCUCCUCAGAAGCAUGUUUUUCGGCUGGAAGACCGUCGCGAUUGGGCCCCGCAGUCGAAAGCACGUGCUUGAGGCCUACCGCGGGCGGUACGCCAAGUGCCGAGAACGCCUCGAGCUCCUUCAGCGGUACCGCGUCAUUUCCCAGGAAAUGGUCAAGGACGAGCUGCAGAAAGACACGAUUCGAAUCAUCCGCGAGCGGUCCGUGUACCACAAGCGGCGCAUGUACUUUCGCCUCCUGCGAGACUGCGUUUGGUUGCCGCUGCAAGCCAACAUUCUCAAGGCCGACACACACUUUGAGACGUCGAUGGUGCGCAAGGUCGCCACGGCGUGGGUCGCCCACUUUCGCAACUUUCAACUCGAGCGCGAGAUUCAAAAGCUCAACGAGAAGCGGACGUUUGAGCGCUUUCCGCAGCACUACAACAUCCGCCGCAUCGAGUACCACUACCGCCGGACGGUCCUCACCAAGCAUUUGCGCGCGUGGGGCCAGCUCAACCGCCGCCUCAAGACGGUGCAAAAGCGGUACGAGCUGGCCGCGCGCCGGUCACUGCGGCACAUGUUGCUCCUGUGGCGCGUGCGGUCGGCGUACCAGCACUCGCUUCGGGGCACGGUCAUCGACGAGUGGCGCAGCUACUGCCACCGCGUCUUCCAGGUGCCGUUCCAAGCGUGGGUGCUCUACGUGGUCCGGCGCAAGCAGCGCCAUACGUCCCAGGCCAACUUGAUCCGCGCGUACCACCGCCGCCAGGCGCGGCACACGGCGUACUCGUUUUUCCGCGUCUGGAAACACCAAACUAUGUUUGGCCACGUCGAGGGCAUCCACACCCGCGUGCAGCUCAUCUCGACGCUCGAGCAGCAAAAGAUGUACUGCCUCUCGCUCGAGGCCAACGCGCUACAAUACCAGUCGAUGAUCGCCGACCUCCAAACGGCGCUUACGGACGAGCAAGCGCGGCUCGCGGCCAAAGAGGCCGAGCUCGAAAAGCUCGUGCUUGAGACCCAGGCCACGCGGUUUGCCAUGCACAAUGCGGAGCAGCAGAUCGCGCGCACACAGAGCUUGCUCAACGCUGUCCGCGACAUCCACCCUGGCAGCAUCAAGCGCAUCGAGCGCUUGUACAGUCAAGAGAGCGUCCUUGCCGGCGAACUCAGCGACGUCGUGCACUUCCACAUCGCCCGAACGGCCGACGACCAGGCCGCCGAGGCCGCCGCGAACGAGGCGCGCGUCCUGCAAGAGCACAUGCAAGUGCGUGCCGAGGACGACCAGCGGCUCUUGCGGCGCGUCAAGUGGGUGCUCUCGCGCCUGGACCUCAACUACAACUACGACGAGUACCACGAGUCGUUGCUGGGGGCACCGUUGCACGAGUCGACCGUGCCGUACUUGGCACAGAUGAACCAGAUGUACGCACUCUUCGAGUUCCUUCGGUCGGGCGAAACGGCGUCGCUCCUCGAGGAGAACGUGCCAAUGACAAAGGAUGAGGUGCCGCUGGGCCCGUCGCUGCUCGUGCCCUCGGACGUGGCGCCCGAGAGCGCCGUCCGCCGCCCCAACCUCAUUGCGUCCGACGGCAUGUGGCACAAAUUUGUGCAAAACGUCGCGCAAAAGUUCCCGCCCAAGCGCCACGUGCCCAUCCAAGACCGCAUCAUCAGCUACGCGCUCAACCGCGACGAAGCCAAGCGGAUUGCGGCCUUCAACGAGGACAAACCGACCAUCUACAGGUCGUGGUGUAGCAGCGAUUGA